AUGGAUAUGGGUCCAAGGAAAAAAUCGUUUAAAUUUCAUGUCAAAUCAGCCAGCACAUCGAAUAUGUUCGCGAGUCCACAAUCAACAAAUACUCCUGUUACAGGAAGGUCUAUUGGGUAAUUUGUUCCUAUCCCACUUCUUUCUUUCAAAAGAUGUGAGAUGAAGAAGUACAUCUUAAAUGAAGAGAGAGAAUAUCUCAAAAGAAAACAGAUCAUAGAAUCAGGCUAUCUGACUUAGAGAGGAAUGACAAAGUUCUUAAAGCCAAAUCGUAAAUGCUUCUUUCUUAUUUAGGAUUGAAAUGGCAAAAAAAUGACUUAAAAUUCCAUGAUACCAUUUUAUAAACUAAAUUAAAUAUAGCAGAUAUUAUCUUGAAUGCUAAAGGAGGAUAAUCUCGCAGAGAACUUUUAAUUGAAAAAAUACAGAAUUAGAUUGAAAGCCCUAAAUAAAUAAUUAGUCAAAGAAAUAUUAAAAGCGAGCAUACCGUUUAAUUUAUGGAUAGAUUGAAAUUUCAAUCACUGCCAUAAAAGCUUAAAGGAGAAUCUCAAUCUCCUUCAAAAUCAAUAUCAUCUCAAAAGUUUAUCUUCAAUUCUUCAACAACCUAUUAAACAGAAUGA